AUGACUCGAGGGCGCAAGAAAGACCUCACCAUCCCCCCAACGCGCUCCCUCGUCCAGCAGAGGGACUAUCGUGCUCGCAAGGCACACUAUGUUGCAGAACUCGAGCAGCGCUGCAAGAAGGCAGAGGAAGAGAACAAACAAUUACGCCAGGAGCUAGAGCUCGCUCGCGCAAAUAUGUCUGUUCCAUUCCUUUACAACCCGUUAGCAGCAGAAAUGUCUGCGGAACUUCUCCAAAGCUUAACGAGAGCUUCGGACUCCCUAGUCAAAUUCCAGGACUUUGCUCGCCGAAAUCCAUUGGAGAACUCUACUGCAUCCAGUUCAAGACUAGAGGACGUGAGGCUGCCACCUCUGCAGGAACCAUUCCACACGACACCGCAUCACCUGCCUCCCAUACUUCCUCCUGUCCCCUCGUUGUCCUAUACUGGUGGUCAUCAAAGCCAUGGUGGUACUGGUCACCACCCCAGCGGCCAUACUGCUGUCUAUCUCCGUCGGAACCAUUCACCUCGGAGAGGGAGAAAGCGCUUUUGUCUCGAGAACUCUCCAUCCCCUCUACCGGAUGAUUACCCGGAUACCGUGGACCACGGAUACGAUUCGUAUCCACAAUCAUCACCGGCUAGACCUGGGUCGAAUUGUUGCGGGGGGUACAUUGACGGCGACUGUUAUUGCGACAAACGAUCAGGCGCAAACGAAAGACGCGCCGAUUUAAAUGAAGGAGCGUCCUCCCGAUACCCACCACCGCCAUCAUUUACUUCCAGUCGUAGCUCUUCGGGAGACAGGUGA